AUGAAACCUGGGGCCCUGUCAUUGUCAGUUUUGUCAAAAAUCACGAAUAAUUUCUCCCAGGAGCUGAUAAUUGGCAGCGGAGGCUUCGCCGAGGUUUAUAAGGGAAUGGUUGAAAAUGAUUUCGUUGCUGUUAAGAAGAUAACUGAAGAGUCUAUGGACGAGAAAGAAUAUAAAAGAGAGCUUGAAUGUCUCCUGAGCGUGAAGCAUAAAAACAUAGUACGAUUCCUUGGAUAUUGUGGUGACACACAAUGGGAUAUGAGAAGGAACAAGGGAAAAUUUGUCAAGUCGAACAAAGAAAAAAGAUUACUCUGCUUUGAGUAUGUUCCUAACGGAGCUCUUGAUGGCUGUAUCAAAGAUCCAUCCACGGGACUUCCAUGGAGAAACCGGUACAGGAUUAUAAAAGGAAUAUGUGAAGGAUUAUCUUACCUUCACCAGGAAAGUAUAGUGCACUUGGAUCUUAAACCAGGAAACAUACUACUGGGUGAGAACGAGGUUCCGAAAAUUACUGACUUUGGUCUUUCAAGGUGCUUUAGAGAAGACAAAGCCUAUGUCACUGCUACAAAAGUGGUUGGCACGUGUGGAUAUAUGGCACCCGAAUUCAACAGCAAGCGAAUCACCAAGAAGUUUGACUUGUACAGUCUUGGCGUUUUGAUCAUAGAGAUAAUAACGGGAAAGAAGGGGUAUCAAGCUGUUCAUGAGGUACUUGAAAGUUGGAAUAAUAGGUUGGACAUAUCUCAACGAAACUCAGAGUGGGAACAAAUAAAAGUAUGCACUGAGAUUGCGAUACAGUGCAUUGACUCUGACCCAGCGAACAGACCAGAUAGUAUGAAAGAUAUCAUGGAUAGGCUGGCUGAAAUGGAAAAUGUGCAUGUAAUCCCAGCUGCAGGUGGACAAAGCAAGUUGCUUGACGUUCACCCGCCCGUGCUCUACUUCCCGUUCGAAUCCAACAAGGUGAUUCCGUGCUCACUGCACUUAACAAACAAUACGAAUCAACAAGUGGCAUUUAGGCUUAUGGACAGGAGCAAUAAGUCUGGGCCGUGCUUUGUAAAAUUGCCACUGUGCGGCCUUGUGCCGCCCAGGUCCACUUACACUCUCGUUCUGACAACGGAAGAGAGAAAUGAGCUAGAAAGGAGAAACAUCUGUAUGAUCCUCAAGAUCACAAUACUGGGAGACGAACACAUCGACAAAUUCCAAAGCGACACAUUUUUUGAGGAUGUCAAAGAGAUGGGAAAUGAAGUGCAGGAGAUUUUAGAUAUUGGUAAAUGGUACCACCAGAGUCUUGGACACAAAUGUUACGACAUGCAUUCCUGGGACAUAAACCAUGCAAAGCAAUGGAUAAUAACAGGAGGAUCACAAGGACAUGUUGGAAUUUGGAACUACCAGACACAGAGAAAAAUGGAUUCGCUUAGACUCUCCAUGUAUGAAGAUGUUAUAUGCGUUAAAUUUAUUGCACGAAAGCAAUGCUUUGUGGCUAUGACAGAAAUAGGUGUCAUCCAUGUCUACAACUAUGAACCAAAAAUACGGAAGAUCACGAGUAUGAGUGCCGGAUAUGUAGAUGCGUACUCGCGGAGGAUGAAUAGGAAGGGUUUCUUGUCACUGGCCGUUCAUCCAACCAAGCCGUAUUUGCUGACAGUGUCUGGUAUAGAAAUUAAACUCUGGGACGGGGACAAGUGCUGGGAGUGCAUACAAAUAUUUAGAGUGCUGGGAUCUAUGCGCGGCCCAUAUCCAGUCGCAUUUAACCGAAUGGACACCAUUGCUAUUGCUUCAGAUGUGAACAAAGUGGAGAUUCGGAGUCUUGAUUCUCCCAAAAAUGACUACACGAUGUUGUCUGGGCAUUCGGGCGAGGUGAACUGCCUACAUUUCUUCACAGCCGGUGAUCAGGAGUAUUUAGUUACUGGCUCUGAUGAUAAGACUGCCAAGAUAUGGGACAUGGAGAGGAAGAUAUGUGUAUAUACCCUUGAAUCUUUGGGGUCUCCGGUCAUUUCUGUCGUCGUAUAUCAGCCAAACCUUCAAAUUCUCAUGACUGGAUCAAAUGAUGGCUUGAUUUAUUUGUGGAGCACCGCUAACUCCAGGAUAUGCUCGCGCUCCCCAAGACUUCAAAGAAUCGUUGACGUUCGAUACGGUGGAGCUCUCCACGGUCUCGCAUGUUCGAUGGAAAGGGUUGUGAUUGAGAAAAAAGAGGCGGUAGCAAUUUUGGAUGUUGAGAAUAAGAACUAUCAGGAGGAACCAACGGAAUAUACCGAGGCACUGUUAACAGGAGAGAUAACUUCUAAGGUAAUGGUAGGCUCCAUUGAGCUACUUGACGUUCACCCGCUUGAGCUCCUCUUCCACCGUAAACCACACAACGUACGCUCACUGCACCUAACAAACAAGACAGAUGAGCAUGUGGUAUUCAGAGUUGCAAAAGUAGUAGAUGACCAACAUUCCGACUCGUGGGAUUACCUGCCACUGUAUGGCACUGUGCAUCCCAGAUCCACUUGCCGUUUGAUUGUGAUAACGGAUCAGGACAACGAAAUAGAUACAGAAAUGGAUAUUGUCGUGCAGAGCAGCAUAUUAGGGGAUAAAAACAUGGUGCUACUCGCAAGACCUACCGAGUGCCAUGAGUUCUUCGACCAAGCCAAAGAGCUGGGACACGCGGUGCAUGAGGUGCCACUGAAAUUUGUCUAUACUCCAACUGUGUUUGAGCCGGUAAUCGCACCAGCAAUGACGAUCACAUCCUGGAUGAAUCGUGAUGGCAGGCUGCAUUGUCUGGAUGCACAUCCAACUGAGCCCUGGAUUAUAACAGGACAUCUCAAUGGAGACGCUUGCAUGUGGAAUUGUGACACACAGGAACUGGUGCAAACAUUCUUUAAAAUAUCAGAAGAAACAGUUAUGAGCGUGAAAUUUGAUGCAAGAAAGCAUUGGAUUGUGGCUCAGACACGUGAUGGUUUAAUCCAUUUGUACGACUGUGUCUGUGUAACACAAAUAAAGAAGAUCGUGAGUUUCGGAGAUCUUGAUUCUAAACCUAUACAAUACUCAAUAGCCAUUAAUCCAAUCAAGCCAUAUGUGUUGUCAUCGUCAAAGUCGGUAAUGGAACUUUGGGACGGCGACAAGGGAUGGGAAUGCACACAAACAUUUGGGUCCAAGAGCAAGUGCAAAUCAUUUGACCCAGAUGAACCUCCCAAGAGCAAGUGUCAAGCAUUUAACCCAGAGGACCCCAACAGCUUUGCGAAUCUGUCUGUUAAUGAGAUAGUAGAGCCGGGUUCCUUACGUGAUCCUAUGCUUGAUGUUCAGGUUUGGAGCCUUGAUUCCUCCGAGCCUAACUAUCAUUUGUCUGGGCAUUUUGAGACUGUGAACUGCCUUGCCUAUUUCACGCGUGCUGAUCGGCAGUAUUUGAUCACCGGCUCUGAUGAUUGUACUGCCAAGAUAUGGGACUUGCAGAAAAAGGCGUGCAUUCAUACUCUGGAAGGUUUUAUGUCUCCAGUUUGUCAUGUCAUUUCCAUUCCUGGUCGUCCAUAUCUAGUUACAUGUUCAAAACAUGGCACCAUUCAUGUGUGGAGCACCAUCGAUUUCAGGCUCAAGACAACUGUUGACUUUAGCAGUGGUGUGUAUGUUCGCGCUCUCGCAUGUUUGAUGGGUUCAAGAAGGAUUGCGAUUGGGCGAGGAUUUUCAAUAUCAAUCAUGGAUAUCGACCAUGAAGAAGAAGCUGUUGCUAGCGAAGGAAACAAUGAGGAUUCCAUAUGUGUAACGGGUCAAUCAAGUAAUCCAUAA